AUGAAGAUUCUUGCUGCGUUCAUGCUGCUUUUUGUUACCGUGACCAAGUGCCACGAGCCGUUUCAGGUAAUCUUUCAAUGGAGCUCGAUCGAUGUAGUGUGGCCGUCGGAGGAGGAACAACAGUUCGCGAUCGACCACGGCGAUUACGUUGCAGCUAACAAUUUCAUAGCCGGUAUCAAGUUUUGGAAGGACAAGAUGUACCUGACGCUACCGAGAUGGAAGGACGGAGUACCAGUGACUUUGGCAGUCACCUCAACAACACCAGUGAACAAGGCUACCGCUCCUAACUUGAAAGCUUUCCCCAGCUGGGAGAUGCAGAAGAUCGGCGAUUGCAGUGCCUUCCAGUUCGUUCAGAGUAUGGAGGUUGAUCCAAAAGGACGUAUGUGGGUACUCGAUUCCGGAAAGAUGUCGCCUCUCUCUGUAGAAGUGAAGACCAUUUGUCCACCCCGGCUGGUGAUCCUCGAUCUCGAGAAUGAAGGCAAGGUUUUACGAAUCUACGAGUUCCCUUCGCAAGUAGCUCGUCACGGUACGGCCCAUCUAAAUGACAUUGUCUUAGACCACGAGGACGGUGGCAUGGCGUACAUUACAGACAGUGAUCGGGACGAUCCAGGUAUAAUUGUCUAUUCGUUGAGCAACAACACUUCCUGGAAAGUUAGGCACGAUUCUAUGAGAGCUAAACCCGAAGCAGUAAGAUUUAUGGUCGCUAAGACUCCAAUUAAUAUGCCUAUAUCUGUCGAUGGGAUUGCUCUAUCGCCGGCAAGUAGCACGGACAGACAGGUUUAUUACUCACCGUUGUCUUCCUUCCAUCUGUACUCUAUACCGACAUCGGUAUUGAAGAGCAACACGAGCAACGUGGAUGAACAUGUGAAAGAAUUGGGGAGGAAAAUCUCUCAAACUGACGGGAUGAUGAUGUCAGCGAAAGGAGUGUUGUACUUUGGACUUUUGGCCGACGAUGCUGUAGCUAUGUGGGACACUAAACAAACCGCCUCGUUCGCCACUGGCCAGAGAGUGAUCUCCAGAGAUCAUGAAAGAAUGCAGUGGCCGGAUACGUUUGCAUACGACGCAGACGGCAACUUUUAUUGUGUCACCAACUCCCUGCAAAAUAUAUUGACCAACCGGGUUAAUACCAGCAUACCGAACUAUCGAGUAGUUAGAGCAAGAACCGGAGUCAAGAGUUACCAGUACUUGGAGGACGGAACCGCGCCGAAGCAGCCGGAGAUACCCACUUCACUUGCAAACAGGAUUAGUCUCGCCGUUACUGUCGGAUUAAUCAUUCUGUUGGCUUUCGUCGUGCAAGCGGAACUUUCUGCCGCGACACCAUCGCGUUCACACAUAAUUGACCUCGAAUUAACAUCGCCAAUGGAGACUAUUAAAUCUGCCAGUGAAAUUAAGACCCUUCCAGUCCGAUUGCAUGACUUCAAAGGGAAAUUGGAAGAAGUCAAGCACGUUACGCUUCUACGGUGUCGUGUACAAGUUUGAAAGAAAGAUGAAAGAUCUGUCAACACCGCGAUGAAAGCCAUUAUCGAUGAAAGUUCCGGCCAUCGAGGGCUUGUCCCUUGAAAAAGAACGAAAUAUUAACGAGCAUGAGUUUGGGAUUAUAGUUCAGCGAGAUAGAAACGACAGCUAGAGAACGAACGAUAGGGCAGCGACAAUGAAUGAUCUUUUUUUAGUUCGAGAAAUUGAUCCUCUGUAACGCUGAUACCGACAACAUUCCAUGUUUUGGUUUUUCAGUCUCCAAGUGAAAUUGUGAUUUUUACACGGCCUGUGCUAUGUAUUUAUAGCUUCUAGUUUUUAAAUAAAUUUUUGUCGAAACAAAUGAAAGGCAUUUUUUUUUCAUUUUCAGGAUUAA